AUGUUCCGCCCGCUCCUCCUCCUCUGUCUCACAGCGACAAUGGCAACGGCCGACUUCACCACAACAAUGGAUUUCAGAGACUGGCUCAUCGGCGAAGAAAGCAUCGGCCGCGAGUCUCCCUUCGGCUUCCAAGGCUCCAUCGUAAACAUUGAUCAAAACAAAACCACAAUACACGCGGUCUUCGACCAGGACAGCGGCGACCUAUCGACAAAAUAUCACCAACCGAACAACACAAACUCCUUUACGUUUACUUUCGCACCCAAUUACAUCUCCGCGCAAGUAGCCAAGCCCGACGCUCGCGCAACAACAUAUGACGUAGAUUGUUCAGGAAAAGGAGUCGGAAGCAGCAAAUACUACGGCGAGGAAGAUUACACGUGCACCAUCUCGCUCUGGGGCUCAGCCUUUUCGUCUGAAAAAUGCGCCGACGGCGCAUGGGGGAUCAGGAAAUCAACACGUUCAAGUUGGUUUUGUGAUGAGAAUGGGGUGCAGAGUAACACCUGGACUGAAAGCGCUGACCAUGUGACGACUGAGCGGAAACAAGUUGUUCUUACUGCUGGGUUGGAGAAGCUGGGUGCGCAGGCUACCGAGGCUACGACAACGCCUACGGCUACUCCGAGUGCGAGUGCGACUGUAAGUGGGCCAGCGAGGGAAACGGGUGGUGUGAGUGCAGCGAGGGUGGCGGAUGUUGCGAUGGUGUGGGUUGGUGCUGCUGUGGCUGUAGCUAUGGUGUAG